AUGUUUUACCGAGCAACCGCUGCCCGCUCACUCUUCCGAGCGGCUCCAUCUGCUGCCAAUACUUCAGUAACACGCUCAGCUCUCACAAGCACCAUUUUCAGGUCACAAUUCACGGUUUCCGCGCGACAAGCUCCCCUUCCUCGCCCCUCUACUCUUGCCUUGGCUACCCGUAAGCCGGUUACCACCGCUUUAGUUCGAUAUGCUUCAACCGGAAAGCAGCCUGGAACAGAACUCGUUCAAGACCCAGAUGUGGACAUGAUGGCCGGCAUGAGAAAUGACAUGAAAAUUAUCCAAGAAACAUUUAGCCUCAAGGAUGUCCCCAAGGAGGCCAUGUACCUUGGCAUGGCUGGUGUCGUUCCAUAUCUGGCGACUUCGCUUCAGACCGUCUACCUCUCCUGGGAGAUGAAUAAUGCUCUGACCACAGGCAGUGGUAGAUUCAUCUCUGGUGAAACGGCAGAGGCGCUGAUGAAUGUGGUUGAACCACUGCAGAUUGGUUAUGGUGCUGUUAUUCUGUCCUUCCUUGGUGCCAUCCACUGGGGUUUGGAAUGGGCAGGGUACGGUGGCAAGCGUGGCUACAGGCGGUACGCAUAUGGAGUCGUUGCUCCAGCUGUUGCCUGGCCGACUCUCCUUCUUCCAGCAGAAUAUGCUUUAAUCUCCCAAUUCAUGGCAUUCACUUUCCUGUACUACAACGAUGCCCGCGCGGCCGUCAGGGGGUGGACUCCACCGUGGUACCACAUGUACCGCUUCAUUCUCACCUUUGUGGUCGGCGCCAGCAUCGUUGCAAGUCUUGUCGGACGGGAACAAUUGGCCUCCCAUUAUGCUUCCAAGCAUGGUAUUUCCGAUAGAUUGAAGGCAUUGAAAUCCAUUGACUGGAAGAGUGAGGCUGAGCUUGCUAAAGAGGCUGCAGAAACGCAGGAGGAGUAA